UGGAGGGGCCUUGUUGACACACUCACUGGGCUUAGUGACUGUCACCGAGUGCUUAGUGACAAAUAGUAAACAGAGGCGAACUCUGCAGGGCUGGGUGGUUUCUUCAGGAGAGACUGGCAGGCCAUCGAUCCCUGUGUACUGCUGAGAAGUCUAAAGUGAAGGUCUAGACCAGCUUGCUGGGACAUCUGGAUGUGGCUGAUGGCAAAAGACACAGGCAUGAGUGUGGCCUCUGUGACACUUGCUAGUGCCCUGCAGGUCAGAGGUGAAGCCCUGUCUGAGGAGGAAAUCUGGUCCCUUUUGUCACUGGCUGCUGAGCGACUCCUGGAAGACCUACGUAAUGAUUCCUCAGACUAUGUGGUCUGCCCCUGGUCACUCCUGCUUUCUGCAGCCGGAAGUCUUUCUUUCCAAGACAACGUUUCUCACAUAGAGGCUGCACCAUUCAAGGCUCCCGAACUGCUACAGGGACCAGAUGAGGAAGAGCGGCCUGACGCAUCUCAAACGCAUGUCUACUCCUUAGGGAUGACUCUCUACUGGUCAGCGGGGUUUCGUGUUCCACCAAAGCAGCCCCUGCAGCUUCAAGAGCCUAUGCACUCCCUCCUGCUGGCCAUGUGUGAAGACCAGCCACGGAGACGGCGGCCACUGCAGGCGGUUCUGGAAGCCUGCCGGAUUCAUCAGGAAGAGGUGGCUGUGUACCCGGCCCCCGCCAGUCUCCAUAUCAGUCGGCUAGUGGGUUUGGUGCUGGGCACCAUCUCUGAGGUGGAGAGGAGAGUUGCAGAGGAAAACGCUUGUGAGCAGCGGAACAGAAGCUGCUUUCUCAGGAGCAGGCUGCAUCAGGCAGACAGUGAGAGCCCCGGAUCUCGGGCCCCCGAUGCUCUGCAGCCUCGGAGAGUUUCAGGGCGAAGCACAGAGACACAGAGUUCCUUGGAGCGAUGCUGGAGCACCACAGCGCACAGUCGUAGCGGCUUUAACAGCACAUUUGCAGGUGCAGGUCCCUGUGACUGUGAGGAAGGUCCACGGUGUGGCUCGGGGCCUAUGCUCUUGGCAGAAGCAGAAAGCUCAAAGCCAGCAACCUCUUCUCCAAGGAAUUUUCUGCACAGAAAGGGAAAGUUCUCCAGACCGGAGUUCAUCCUGUUGGCUGCAGAGGCCCCUGUGACCCUACAUUUGCCUGGAUCCAUUGUGACCAAAAAAGGGAAAUCCUACUUGGCUCUCAGAGACCUCCGUGUGCUCUUGCUGAACGGACAGUGUCUGGAGGUGAAGUGUGAUGUGGAGUCCACGGCAGGAGCCGUCUUCAAUGCCGUCAUGUCCUUCGCCAACCUUGGGGAGACCACAUACUUUGGCUUGGCUUACGUGAAAGGUGAAGAGUUCUUUUUCCUGGAGCCCAACACCAGAUUGUGCAAAGUUGCCCCAGAAGGCUGGAGAGAGCAGCAGCCGAAAAGUUCCGUGGACACUUUAACACUCUUUCUGCGGAUAAAGUUUUUCGUCAGUCACUAUGGGCUGCUCCGGCACAGCCUGACGAGGCAUCAGUUUUACCUGCAGCUCCGGAAAGACAUUUUAGAAGAGAGGCUGUAUUGCAACGAUGAGACGCUGCUGCAACUGGGGGUCCUUGCCCUGCAGGCUGAGUUUGGCAGCUAUCCUAAGGAGCAGGUGGAGGGUGAAACAUACUUCCAAAUCCAAGAUUACAUCCCGGCAAGGCUUAUUGAGCGGAUGACAGCAAUCCGGGUCCAAGUAGAAGUCUCAGAAAUGCACCGACUCAGUCCUGCACCACAGGGAGAGGAUGCUGAGCUGGAGUUCUUAGAGGUUGUCCAGCAACUCCCAGAAUAUGGAGUCCUGGUUCACCGUGUUUCCCCAGCAAAGAAGAGACAAGAAGGGGGAAUGGCCUUGGGGAUCUGCACCAAAGGCAUCAUCGUCUAUGAAGUGAAAGGCAGCCGCAGAACCACAACAUUCCAGUUUCCAUGGAGAGAAACUGGGAUGAUCUCAACUCAUAGAAGGAAGCUCACUGUCACCAGCAGCACCACCGGGAAAAAGUACACCUUUGUCACAGAUUCAGCCAAGACCUGUAAAUACUUGCUGGGCCUUUGCUCUUCCCAGCAUUGGUUUAAUGCGCAUAUGGGCUUGGAGCAGCCUCCCCAUCUUUUAACUGGUCAGGAUAAGUUUGCACAAAUAGCCAGUUUGAAUUCUGCACACCAGACACAGGCCAACCCUCUCACUUGGAUUCAGAAACUGUCCUGCUCGGAAAAUGAGUUGUGCGUACCCAGGCUGCAGAAUGCCACAGGAGGCCAACUGGGCACAGCUAUGGAGAACAUGCAAGGUAGCAAGGAGCCCGAGAUGGGGAGAAACAGAAGCAGCCCGUACACUGGCGGAGAGCAGCUGCACAGCAUCGGUUUGAACCAGAGGCCAACUCAUACUCUCUUUGGGACAGCUGGUCACAGCACGUGUGCAGGGUCACAGAAGAGCAAGAGGAAGGGCUUUAUGGACGAACCCAACGGCGACAUCAUGUGCGUGAUGCUGAAGCGAGAUCCACUUCUUGGCUUUGGUUUUGUCAUUUAUGAGGGAGAAGACAAAGAGCAAUCAAAGACUGGCAUUUUCAUAUCUUCCCUUAUACCUGGGGGACCAGCAGAAAGAGCUAAAAAGAUCAAACCAGGAGGGAAGAUACUAGCCUUGAAUCAUAUCAGCAUGGAAGGCUUCACAUUCAACAUGGCUGUUAAAAUGAUCCAGAAUUCUCCUGACGACAUAGAAUUAAUCAUUUCUCAGCCAAAAGGUGUUUGUGGGGACAUCCCCAGUGAAGAUAAGAACAGCACGGCAAGUUCUGGCACAUUCUGUACAGACAUCCUGAGCAACAGGUGCCGGGGGCAACAGUCAGCACACACACAGGACCAGGACAGAAAUGCCAGAGGACCAGAAACGGUUCAGCAGGGCGCUGGUUCUUGUCCUCCAUCCCCUCUGGAUGCUGGUGAAAUCUACUUCGUGGAGCUGGUUAAAGAAGAUGGAACGCUUGGAUUCAGCGUCACUGGUGGCAUUAAUACAAGUGUACCUCAUGGAGGAAUCUAUGUGAAAUCUAUCAUUCCUGGAGGCCCAGCUGCCAAGGAAGGACAGAUCCUGCAAGGUGACCGACUACUGCAGGUGGAUGGAGUGAGUCUGUGUGGCCUUACUCACAAGCAGGCAGUGCAGUGUCUCAAGGGUCCUGGGCAGGUGGCACAGCUGGUCUUAGAGAGAAGAGGCCCCAGGGCUGCACCACAGUGUCCUUCUGCUGAUGACAGGAUGGGAGAGGUGCACAUGGCUGUUUCCCUGGUAACGGCCAAGCCUGGAAGACCUGCGAGCCGUGUCUCAGUGACAGACGGUCCUAAGUUCGAAGUCAAACUGAAGAAGAAUAGCAGUGGUUUGGGAUUCAGCUUCGUGCAGAUGGAGAGAGGAAACCACAUCCACGUGAAGAGUGACCUUGUAAGGAUUAAGAGGCUCUUUCCUGGACAGCCAGCUGAAGAACACGGAGCCAUUGCAGCUGGUGACAUUAUCUUGGCAGUGAAUGGAAAACCCAUCGAAGGCCUUGCUUUCCAGGAGGUGCUCCAUUUAUUGCGCGGGGCUCCAGAGGAAGUGACGUUGCUCCUCUGCCGUCCCCCUCCAGGGAUACUGCCUGAGAUGGAGCAGGGGUGGCAGACCCCUGAACUAUCAGGAGACCAAAGACUCACCAUGGCAACCCGUGCUGAAUCAGAGCAGAGCCCCAGCCUAGAUCAAGAGGACAACUGGAGGGACAGCACCUCUCUGGAUGCAGGAGACGGUCUGAGUCCCAGGCCAGAGUCUUCCUACAAGGCUGAGAAAGAGGUGAAGGGAGAUGGAGACAAACAGAGGCCCUGGGCCAGGUCUUUGAUGCAUCCGAUGGAGUCCCAUCCUCAUUUGUGCAAACUCCACCCAGAACCAGAGACGCCAGCAUUGGCCACCUCGUUGGAAAAGGAUAUGAGACAAAACUGCUAUUCCGUGUGUGAUAUCAGGAGACUGGGAAGCUCUUCCCUCACCUUGGACUCUGAAGGAUACAUGGCCCUCACCUCCACAUCCGCAGGCCAGCUGCCCUGUGAAGAGUGUCUGGAGGCAGACUCAGAGACUAUUCCUCUGCCUCGGUUCUGUUCUUCGGGUGCUCUCCUGAAGUCUUCCCUUCCGGAAGGAUCACCAGGGAGUGAGAGUGACUGGGAGGACCUGGAUGAGCCUGUGGAUGGGGAUGAGGUGCUCAGGUGGACACACUCAGCGCGAGUCUCCUGAGAUAGAACCCCGAGGGAUUCUUCACAGGCACUCUUUUGUGGGAGAGCCCUCAGCUGACUUCCGUCCAGGAAAUGUACCUGUUUGCUCAUCUCCCCUGGAAGAAGCAUCUUCGAGCCAACGGGCUAGGCUGGAGCUCCUGGGCUAGUUACCAAGGGCUAACUUCUGAGAGUUUGUGCCUGUUACUUCUGAGGCUCAUCACCAUUAGUAGCCACAACUUCCUCUUCCGUUCUAAAGCUUAAGUCAAGCAAAUUUUUGUGUGUAUGGAGUAGGUUUCCCCUCGUGAAGGGAAUUGAGAACUAAUUUCUUUACAUAAGAUAAGCCGGAGCAGAGGAAGCGCCCGGCUGCCACGCUGGUGCACCGUUUUCCAAGAUGGAUGCCACAUUCUGGUUUAACUGUCUCAGUGUCCUUGAAAACAUCUGGCAAGGGCUCAAAGGCCACACAGGAAAUAUCUUUCUGUAUUGAUUUUUCCAUGUCCUUCCUUUAGCUCCAAAUAGUCAUGUGUUCUUUCUAAAGGAUUUUUCCUCUUUCGAUCCUAAUGCCUGGUUCUCAUCACCUAGAAAGUGAAGUGUAGUUGAGCUACCAUUACUCGAGGUGGAUAGGUAGCUGCCAUCAUUACAAGAAUGAAAACUAGUAGAAUUAACACAUGCAUGGAAGAAAAAGACCUGUUGGGCCAUAGCGUAAGUCAUUAGUGUGACCCUGUAUAAUGGAGAAGACAUAGCAGAGACAAGGUCUCACAUGAGGGAAAUGGGGAAAAUGUACUAAUAUAAUGAGAGUGUGCCCGUUAUAGGUCAUGUUCUGCCAUGUAGGCCUGUUCUGCUGCGCAUGGAAAAGAAAUUCCCAGCAAUCUGAGUAGCCCUUCCUUCAGACUGUUACAGCUCCACAUGCUGCUGCAUCAUUUUAUAGGCCUCGGCUGUGGAGAAUUAAUUAACUAUGCAAUAAAAUGACUAAUUAAUAACA